CCUAUCCCUUUUGGUGCGAAAAGGAUGAGGGAAGAAGCACCCAUCGCCUAUGGCCGUUGCAGCGCCCUCUUCCACUCUCUCCCGAACCACCUCUCCUCCGCCUCCUCCAUUUCCUCUUCUCCUCUCCCUCUCCUCCUCCUCCUCCUCGGGAGCUCGUCGUCGUCGCCUUCGCUCCUCUCCUUCUCCGUCGUCGCCGCCGUCGUCGUCGUCGUCGUGGGCUUCGUCUCGUCGAAUCAGGUGCUCCCUCGAUCGCCAGACCCUAUUCUCCCGCAUCGCCCCCAUCUACGACAACCUCAACGAUGUGCUCACCUUGGGGCAACAUAGGAUUUGGAAGAGGAUGGCCGUCUCCUGGAGCGAUGCGAAAAUGGGGGAUCGGGUUCUCGAUUUGUGCUGCGGGAGCGGCGAUUUGACAUUUCUUCUAUCCCAGAAGGUUGGAACUGACGGAGAGGUGAUAGCUCUUGACUUCUCAAGAGUGCCAUUAUCAAUUGCUUCUACUCGCCAAGAGCAAUAUUGGAAGGCUUGCUACAAGAACAUUAAGUGGGUUGAAGGUGAUGCCCUAGAUUUACCAUUCAUGGACUGCUAUUUUGAUGCCAUUACCGUUGGUUAUGGGUUACGUAACUUGGUUGACAAGCCUAAAGCAAUGCAGGAAAUAUUUAGGGUUCUGAAACCAGGAUCAAGAGCAUCAAUUCUAGAUUUUAACAAGAGUUCAUCUACUUUCAUAUCUUCUUUUCAGAAUUGGGCGAUAGACAAUGCGGUUGUUCCUCUUGCAAGUCGUUAUGGCCUUGCGGAAGAGUACGAGUAUUUAAAAGGUUCAAUUGCCGAGUUUUUAACAGGAAAGGAGUUAGAAAACCUCGCCAAACACGCCGGAUUUUCCGAAGCCAAGCACUACGAAAUCGCCGGAGGGCUCAUGGGUAACCUAGUGGCGACGCGAGAUAAGCAAGUGCACUGUGCACCUAAAAAAAAAAAGCAAAAAAACAAAACAAAAACAAAAACAAAAAGCAGAGAAUUAUUUAUUUAUUUAUUUAUUUCGCUUUACUCUGAAGCACUUCACCGGAGUCGGCUGCGGAUAGAGAAAGCAAGCGAUAGGGAGAAGCGCUUCCGCCGCCGCCGCCGCCGCCGCCGUUUUAGUGCGAUGAGUUCGCCGGCGCCGGCGCCGGCGCCGGGGGCGCUGGAGUGGAAGUUGUCUCAGGUGCUGGGCGAGCCGCUUCCGGGGGAGAAGCUCGAAGAUGGUGAUACUAUAUCCGCAAUGGAAUUCGACUGCAGAGGCAACUAUCUCGCAGUUGGAGAUUAUCGUGGCCGGAUAAUUCUUUUUGAAGGAACAGAGAGGGAUCAUUUGGGUUCUCGGAAUGAGCUAGAAUCCAGGGACUAUCCUGCUACGGCACGUCCUAUAUAUACUUAUAAAACCGAGUUCCAAAGUCAUGAGCUAGAGUUUGACUAUCUGAAUAGUUUGGAGAUUGGAGAGAAGAUCAACAAAUUGAGGUGGUGUGCGCAGCCCAACAGUUCACUGUUUAUUCUUUCUACAAAUGAUAGGACAAUUAAACUAUGGAAGGCUUCGGAAAAUAAGUUAAAGAAAGAUAAGGAAGCGAAACCAAGUCUAUGCAUACCCUCAGAGAAUGCUCUACUUGCUGAGAAAAGUUUUCUUGUUGGCGAGGCGGAAAGAGUUACGAGGAAUGGUUACUACCUUGAGUGGAGGAAUAAGAAGCCCAGAAAUACAUCUCCAACAUCUGAAGAAGGCCCUGAAAAGGUAGUAGAUAUUGGAGAUACCACUACUGCAAAGUGUCGGAGGAUCUAUUCUCAUGCUCAUGAUUACAACAUCAACUCCAUCUCUAAUAAUAGUGAUGGUGAGACAUUCAUAUCUGCUGAUGACCUCAGAAUAAACUUAUGGAACCUGGAGAUCAGUAAUCAAUGCUUUAACAUCAUUGAUAUGAAGCCUUUUGACAUGGAAGAUCUCGUAGAGGUGAUUACUUCAGCUGAAUUUCAUCCGUCUUAUUGCAAUCUUUUAGCCUACAGUAGUUCGAGAGGUUUUAUUCGGCUUGUUGACCUGCGACAGUCAGCAGUCUGUGAUCAGAAUGUGAGAAUACUACGUGAUCGUGAAAAUAAAAAAUCUGGGACUUUCUUUAGCGAGAUAAUUUCUUCUAUUUCUGAUAUAAAGUUUCCAAAAGAUGGAAGAUAUAUUCUAAGUCGCGACUACAUGAAUUUAAAGAUGUGGGACCUGCACAUGGAAAGCUCUCCUAUUGCAACUUUUAAUGUACAUGAGUAUCUUCGCUCCAAGCUCUUGGAGUUGUAUAGUGCUGAUUCCGUCUUCGACAAGUUUGGGUGUUGCAUUAGCAAGGAUGGACGCCGCUUUGCCAGUGGAUCUUACAGCAAUAAUUUCCGAGUUUUCUCUCGCGACGGUGGACCUGAUGAUGGCAUUACUUUGCAAGCUAGCAGAAACCCAAACAGGACACCACACAUAAAUUCUCUGCCAAAAGCUGCAGGGUUGCUUACAAGUUUUGCUCGUGGGCUCAGUCGGAGAGGACAUGAUAUUCCGAGCCCUGAUAAUAAUGAAGAGAUCCCCUGCGACUUGAAGUCGAAGCUGACUCAUUUGGCAUGGCAUCCUACAACAAACCUGAUUGUCUGUGCUGCUAAAAGCAGCUUGUACAUGUAUUAUGCAUAGAACAUCAAUUCUUGUCUCUUUUUCUCAAACCACCACUGGUUCUACGGUACCCAUAAUGGUUGUGAUUAUACAGUGACCCAACAAUGAGCACGAAAAAGCACAAAGAUGCCAUGGAACAAGAACAAAUUUUGCUUCGAACAUUAGUUAAUACAUUGGUAGGGUUCAUGGUUUUUCCUUUUAUUUUUUUUAUUUUUUCUCUUUUGAUCAUUCAAGCCGAUAGCAAAACCAGUCAGGCUUAACCAUUUGCCAAAUCAGAUGUAAUUGUUUGAAGGAACGCAGGAAUAUUGUCUCCUAAAUGUAAAGAUACCUUGAGAUUCGGAAUAUUCGUCGCAAUGUACAUUUUCUCAGUGGAACUCACUCUUAUCCUGUUACGUUUGAAAUCCAUCUGUAAAUUUGGCUUACGAUGAACAAAUUCUGUAAUAUUUAAGUUCCAAUGUAAAUAUGUGAUAAUCUUUUUCGCCU